AUGGAGAACCCCGGGUUCGAGAGAUCUAAAGACGACCCUCCACAGUACGAGGAGACGUCUUUCUGCGGAAACGGGUUCACUAACGGGGAACGGCGAGGCGUGCGGGCGUCUGUGGUCAGUGCUUUUGGGCACAACACCCUGGACCGGGUGCCAAACGUUGACUUUUAUCGUAAUGCGGCGAGCAUCAGCGGACACAGAGCCGUCAGACCUUCCCUACAGGAGCUGCACGAAGUUUUCCAGAAGAAUGGAGGCCUUGAUAUUCCCAGUACGGUGGAGGACAGAGAAGGAGCGGAUACCUCGACGCUGGGCGAUGUGGAGUCCAUCAUCCCGCUGGAAGACAAGGAAGCCGGAGGCAUAGUGAAAUUUGGAUGGAUCAAAGGAGUUCUGGUGAGAUGCAUGCUGAAUAUCUGGGGUGUCAUGCUGUUCAUACGGCUGUCGUGGGUGUUCGGACAAGCGGGAAUAGGUUUGGGGAUAGUGGUUGUGUUGUUGAGCAUUGUGGUCACCAGCGUCACCUGUCUGUCCAUGUCAGCUAUAUGUACCAACGGUGUGGUACGAGGAGGUGGAGCGUAUUACCUGAUUUCCCGCAGUUUGGGACCUGAAUUCGGCGGCUCCAUCGGCCUGAUCUUUGCGUUCGCCAAUGCCGUGGCCGUAGCCAUGUAUGUCGUGGGGUUUGCCGAAACUGUGGUGGAGCUUCUCAAGGAAAGCAACGCUCUGAUAGUGGAUCCAGUGAAUGACAUCAGGAUCAUCGGCUGUAUAACAGUGGUUCUGCUGAUGGGCAUCACUGUGGCGGGAAUGGAGUGGGAGGCCAAGGCUCAGGUAGCUCUGUUGGUGAUCCUGCUGCUGGCCAUUGCCAAUGUAUUUGUGGGAACAGUGAUUCCCUCCACACAGGACAAGCUUUCCAAAGGCUUCUUUAACUAUCAAGAAUCCAUCGCGAAGGAAAACUUUCUUCCGGAGUUCCGGGAUGGAGAAACGUUCUUCUCUGUUUUUGCCAUCUUCUUCCCGGCAGCCACCGGGAUUCUGGCUGGAGCCAAUAUCUCUGGAGAUCUGAGAGACCCUCAGGCAGCUCUUCCCAAAGGAACGCUGUUGGCCAUCUUUAUCACAGGAGUUACGUAUUUGGGCAUCGCGCUGGUUGUUUCUGUGACGGUCGUUCGAGACGCAACAGGGAAUCGCAACGACACUAUCCAACCGGGUUUGAGCUGCAACUUCUCUUCGGCCUGUGAUCUGGGCUACGACUUCUCAAUCUGCCAAACAACCAAAUGCAACUACGGCCUCAUGAACAACUUCCAGGUAAUGACUCUAGUAUCUGGGUUCGGACCUCUCAUCACGGCGGGAACGUUCUCGGCCACGCUCUCCUCAGCUCUUGCGUCUCUAGUGAGCGCGCCCAAAGUCUUCCAGGCUCUAUGCAAGGACAACAUCUACAAGGCGCUCAAGUUCUUCGCCAAAGGUCACGGGAAAAACAACGAGCCAAUCAGAGGAUACAUCCUGACCUUCUUCAUCGCUGUAGCAUUCAUCCUCAUCGCUCAGCUCAACACCAUCGCUCCCAUCAUCUCCAACUUCUUCCUGGCCUCAUACGCCCUCAUCAACUUUUCCUGCUUCCACGCGUCAUACGCCAAAUCCCCAGGUUGGAGGCCGGCGUAUAAGUACUAUAACAUGUGGCUGUCUCUGUUCGGAGCCGUGCUCUGCUGUGCCGUGAUGUUUGUGAUUAACUGGUGGGCUGCAUUACUCAGCUACGGCAUCGAGUUCUUCCUCUAUAUUUACGUUACCGUGAAGAAGCCAGAUGUGAACUGGGGUUCGUCCACUCAAGCCGUGACGUUCAUAAACGCUGUGAACAACGCUCUGAUUUUAUCUACUGUGGACGAACACAUCAAGAACUUCAGACCCAAGUGUCUCGUGAUGACAGGAUCGCCCAGAACCAGACCGGCGCUGCUGGACCUGGCACAUUCAUUCACUAAGAAUUAUGGGCUGUGUCUGACCUGUGAGGUGUUUGUGGGUGCGCGUGAUAAGAAUCUGCAGGACAUGAGCGCUGCUGUUCAGCAGAUCCAGCAGUGGCUGAACAAGCAGAAGAGAAAAGCCUUUUACACACCUGUCGCCAGCGAGAACCUGCAGAGAGGAGCAGAAGCGCUGAUGCAGGCGUCAGGACUCGGCAGGAUGAAGCCGAACACAGUGAUGUUGGGAUUCAAGCGUGAUUGGAGAACCGCCAAACCACAGGAAGUUCAAAGCUACGUGGGAAUUCUGCACGAUGCAUUUGAUUUCGAGAACGGGACCGUGAUACUGAGAAUCAGUCAGGGGAUGGACAUCUCUCACAUCCUCAAAGCAGAAGAGGAAAUGGAGCGCAUGAUCAUGGAGCAGCAGGCGCUGGAGAUGGAGGAGAAUGACUUUCAGACACAGGGACGCAAAGGGUUCUUCAACAGGUCCAAGAAAACCUCCAAAAAAGAGCUGACCAGCAAAGUCUCUCUGGAUGUUCCUCAGACAUCAGAUCUGGCGAAGAUGAACCAGCGUCUGGUGGAGGCCAGCAGCCAGUUCAAGAAGAAACAGGACAAAGGGACGAUUGACGUUUGGUGGCUGUUUGAUGACGGAGGUCUCACGCUUCUUCUGCCUCAUAUUCUGACAACACGAAAAAAAUGGAGGGACUGCAGACUCAGGAUCUUUAUCGCCGGGCAGCCUGAACGCAUCGAACAGGACAAAGAGGAAAUGCAGGAGCUCCUGAGGAAGUUCAGGAUCAAAUGUGCUGACAUCAAAGUUAUCACUGAUGUCAACGUCAGGCCCAGCGCAGAGAGCUGGAAACUCUUCGAGGACAUGAUCGAGCCGUUCCGGAUGCACGAGGGUUCAAAGGAGACGUCGCAGGCUGAAGCUCUGAGGAAAGAACAUCCCUGGAAGAUCACGGAUGCUGAGCUGGACGCCUUCGAGGAGAAGACGAUGCUGCAGGUGCGUCUGAAUGAGCUUCUUCAGGAGAGCUCGAGAGCAGCCAAACUCAUUGUGGUGAGCAUGCCCAUCGCCCGUAAAGGCUCCGUCUCUGAUCAUCUGUACAUGGCCUGGCUAGAUGUGCUCACGAAGAAUCUACCGCCGACCGUCCUGAUACGAGGAAACCAUCAGAGUGUGCUGACCUUCUACUCCUGAAGAACAGAACACACACACACACACACACACACUCACACAGUCGCACUCACACACA